AUGUUACGCGAGCGUGACUUUUUUUGCGAGGGUGCUGAACCAGACGAGCCAAGCUCAAGUCGUUUGCGGGUGGCUGCGCGACCGAUCGACGCGCUGAAGCCGAAUGAAGAGUCGAUGUCGGAUGAGACCAGCUCACCUCCUCCUGACCCGACACAUUCACAACACUCCCCUGUGUCUCAACUGGCUCUAUCUGGUCUUCCGAGCGUGGAAUGCAGCAACUGCAGAGCAGGGUCACUUGUAGCUACAUUUCGUGUAGGCCUGUCUGCCCACUUGUUGCCUUUUGCUGCUUCUCUGUCCACUCCACACCCUCGAAUGGUUCACUCUACUCCAUCACUGUUCAGGUGA